CGCAUGACGCGGCGGGGCGCGUGCAGGGCGGCAGAAGUCCCGGGUUGCAGGAGAAGAUGGCGGUCUCCACAGGAGUUAAAGUUCCACGUAAUUUUCGCUUGUUAGAAGAACUUGAAGAAGGCCAGAAAGGAGUAGGCGAUGGUACAGUUAGCUGGGGACUUGAAGAUGAUGAAGAUAUGACACUUACAAGGUGGACAGGCAUGAUUAUUGGGCCACCAAGGACAAACUAUGAAAACAGAAUAUACAGUCUGAAAGUAGAGUGUGGAUCUAAAUACCCAGAAGGACCUCCAACAAUUAGAUUUGUAACAAAAAUUAAUAUGAAUGGGAUAAAUAAUUCCAAUGGAAUGGUGGAUGCACGGUGCAUACCAGUGUUAGCAAAAUGGCAAAAUUGUUAUAGCAUUAAAGUUGUACUUCAAGAGCUAAGGCGUCUAAUGAUGUCCAAAGAAAACAUGAAGCUUCCACAACCUCCAGAAGGACAAACAUACAGCAAUUAAUUUUAACAAAUUUCAAACUUAUCUAAACCAACAACCUUCUACUCAUGUUAAUGUCUUGAUUAAAUCUCACAGUGCAAAACCCACACAUUAAAAGAAUUCCAGCUGAUAUACAUGACCUGGACAUUUGUAAGAAUAUAUUUAAUAUAUGUACACCCAUUAUGUUUUUGGGCACAAUGGGAAGAAAAAUGCAGCACAAUUUUUUUUUUCUCUUAUCAAGGCACUAUCAUUUAAGCAUAAACCUGGAGUACUCCAAAUGCAAUUCAGGUUUUACAAGAUGAAAGCAUGACAAAGAAGUGUCAGAUUGCUGUGGAGUAAUGUGUGUUUCAGAAAUCUAAUUUCUCAAGAAAGAAAAUUAUAAAUGGCAUGCUUGAUCCAUCUUGCUUAGUGAAAGAGCUGCAAUUUAAAUUGUUUAAAGUAGCAGGUACAAUAAAUACUGUUGCUAAUUUUGUUUAAUUUUUGAAAAGGUGUGGGUACCGACUACUAGUAGUAACAAAGAGUAUGUUCAGGAUUGUUUUGAUACCUGUAUUUAUAAAAAGGGGGGAGGGAUUGAGGGAGGGAGAUGGAUUUCUGUUUAAAGCAGCUCCUGUGUGUUACAUGUAACAGACAUGGUAAAUACUUGUUUACAGUCUUUGUUCUGAUAAACCAUGAAUUUAAGUUUUAAGUGAAAAAACAAAGGAAAUAGGUGUAUGGAUAUGUGAUUCUGAGAUUAAAGUUAGUCUUAAAAUGUAAAUAAAAUGUGGAAAGUAUCCUCAGAGGUUGUGCCAUUUCUAUGAUAUUGCUGUAUUAUAUGUACAAUAACUUGCCGAAGUAGCUGAAAUCAGAAUUAUUGUAUCUUGUUGAUCUCUUUUGUUUGUUCCCCUAUUUUUGUAUACUAGUUAGUUGGACCUUUGGAUAUUAUUGCUAAGGAGCAAUUACAUAAUUGGUUUUAGCCCGUCUUUGCGAGAAUAGAAAUCCCUUCUAUCGUGUUUUAAAAACCUCAUAGUUUUUAAUCACACCAGAAUUUUCAGCACCUGUCUCUUACACUCCUGUUUUCACAUGCUGUUUUAGUUCUUUUAAAACCCUUUUUUCUUUAACAUUUUUCUGUGAAACUUUAGGUUCCCACUAAAACACUUAGUUACACGGAAGUAUAUAAGCAUGUCUCUUCUUUUGACUAUAUUGUCAGCCCUGACUGCUUAUGGUACAAUGCCUUUAACUAGAAUGAAUUUAUACCAUGUGUUGCCCAACAUAUUUCCAAAUCAUAUUUUCAUUUUCUGUGGUUUUAAUAAUGGUUUUCACAUUAGCAAUCUAUGUGUACCAUGUAGUAUGUUGAAAUGAUUUGGAAUCAUCAGUUGAGUUUAUAGCUCUGCACUACCUUUCUUUCAUCAGAUUAUGUAGUUCAUCAGUGUAAAAGAUACUACUUUGGCUAAAUUGAUGUAUUUUAAUAUGCUUCUAACUCAUUAACUUUAAAAUUAUUCACAAGGAAGUUUAAAAUGUUACUAAAUACACACAUAGACACCACUACUUAUGUAAAAAAUGUUUUGGAAUAGUUAUUACUGAUUUUAAAAUACAUUCUACUUUUAAAAUGUUAACUUUUAAAUGGUUGGGAAAGAAAGGAAAUUGAUGUGCAUUACCAUAAAACUUUGUAAGGUGUUCAGGGAACUCUGGCAGUCUCAAUCAGUGUGCCUGUGAUAAGUGCUUUUUCUCUGUGAGAGACUCUUGCCCUACAUGGAAGCUAGUAAAGUGUAGUAGUGGGAAUAUUAAUUAUUUACUCUGGGAACUAUGUAUUACUUUAAAUCAUCUGUAUGCUGUUAAAUUCUUUAUAUACUGGUGAGGCUGAGAAACUCUGGAACUGUUCUCUUGUGUUCCUUCCUCUCAUGCCCACAAUUGUGUUCAAGUGUUGGUUUUCCAGCUAUAUGUUGUCUAAGUUAACUCUGCAACUUAUAUUUGUCAUUAAUUUUGGGGGACUAUGGAUUUCUGCAGAAACUUGCAUGCCAAUUAACAGAUUUAGGAAGCAGAAUCCAUUUUUGCAUGCUACAAUUGAGCUGUAUGUAGCAGUCAAAGCCAUGUUGGUUGGUUAUAGAAGGGGGAUGAUGUAGAACCACUCCUACGUAGAGUAACAUCUAAACAGGGCAGUUUUUAUGCAGUUUCCCCUUUGUCUCUCUUGAAAAGAGGCCAAGGUUCUAGGAGUGUAUAGUCUUAAAAUUUUUAAGUGAACUGUACAAUUGCCUUAGAUGAUUGUUUAAGAGGUUAGUAAGUGAAACCCUUAAAGGGUGAUCAUAUGCUAAUAAAGGAUUGUAAAACAA